ACCUCAGAUGCUUACUAAGUAUAUCAUCCAGGCCAAGUCACUGUGAAGUUGAAAUCUGGCACCAGGUGAUGAGGUUUGGUACCAUAUGAUGGACCUCAGUAGCAAUUCACAUGAGAAGAAUUCUCCAUGGCCAUCUCACAGCUGAAAGGAGCUGCCCAUCAUCAUUCCACAAGAAAAAGAAAAGAGGGAAUCAUGCAAAAAGAAGAACAGAGAAGCAGCCACAGAAGAGCACAAAGGGCCCUGAGUCGGCGGUGGGACAUACCUAUGAAGUGGUGUCGGAGUUGCCCCGGUCUGGAGAGGGGACUGGAGGCCCUCCUUCGGAGGACAGCAGCUUGCAUUACGCAGACAUCCAAGUGUGCAGCCGGACCCCGCCGAGAUCUGCCCGCGAGGUGAAGCACCUACAGAUACAGAACGCCACCGAGUACGCCACCAUUAGGUUUCCCCAAGCCGCAUCCCACUAUGACAGCAAAAAUGGUACCCUGGUGUAAGCCUGGGUUGUGAGGCACUGUGGGACGGAGAACAUGGGGCAGUCCCUGUCCAUCACCAGAGGACAGAAGUCCUACACUUCUACAAGAGAUAUCCGAGACUGCCGGGGACUGGGUGGCCGCCCUCCUUUCUUUGCCAAUCUCCAAGUGUCUCCGGGCUCCCUGGAGCUUUAAGACCUGAUUCCCCUUUCGGGGUCUGGCUCUAUCUUUGGUAUCAGAAACCGAAGGUCGGAUGAAUCUCCACAAACUAACAAAGAUAGGCUGUUGCCAAGAGUCACGGGCUAGUCCCUUGCUCCCCCACAAAGCACAAAAAUGUCGGUAACUCUAUAAGCCGUUGGACGAAACCCUGAUGAUCUGGAGGAAACCCCAGAAGCUAGAGAAAAAAGUUAGCCCCUGAAGAUUCUGCGUCCUGAAAGCGCAAUGUCCGUGCCCGGUGUGAGACCGGCAGCCUCCCGUCCUCCUCCACCCGGGGGAAGUGGGCACAAGCUCCGCCCGUGGAAGAUGAUGGUUCACACUGAUACAAGGGGCCUCCCAGGGUGGGGAGGGGAGCAUCCCUAGGGAGGAGCGGGGACCGUGCAGGAAGCUGGCUGGGAUCCUCCUGGGAUUAGUCCCUUGGUUGGUUGCAAGGCCGGUUCUAGGGCCGGCCCGGAGAAAGGGGGUCCUACGGGAUGAAUAAACCGAUGUGAAACACGCUG